UCUCCUUUCUCCCCCCUCCCUCGCCUCUCGGUAUCCCCAUCCCCCACAUUGUGUAUGCGUGUGUCUCUGUUACCAACACUGACUGCAAGCCCGAAAUCGCUGGAGCAAAGCGAGCGAGAGGAGGAAACCGCCAGCGUUCAUAGAGAGAAAGGAGAAUACGCACAACACAGUAGUGCUCGGAAAGAGUCAGAGGAAACUGGGAAUAAAGUCGAUCAAUCCAACUGGAUUACCACGGAUUGCAUAUCCAUUCCCUACCUUAGCUUUUCCAAGAAUGGCAAGCGGGCACUCUACUGACAAAUUCAGUUUCUUGUACCAACCUGAAAGCUGUCAAAACAUGAAGAGCAAAAGUAGACUGUCUUCCACUAUGAACCCAGUUUACAGUCCCGUACAGCCUGGGACUCCUUAUGGAAAUCCUAAGAACAUGACCUACACAGGCUAUCCAGGAGGAUACCCUACCACAGCUCCCACUUAUACACCCAAUCUCUACCAGACUGGAAGCCCAGGAUACCCCCCAGCAGUGCUGGUGGUGAAGCAGGGCUGGCCCCAGACCUCAAGCUCCAGUACCACUGAGGGUUCCUAUGACCUCGCAGUGGACCCAGGGACUGAGAACAGAACUUACCAAGCCUCUUCUGCUGCAUUCAGAUACACUGCAGGAACCCCCUACAAGGUCCCCCCAACCCAGACUAAUGGGGCCCCACCACCCUACUCCCCAUCUCCAAACCCCUACCAGACAGCCAUGUACCCCAUAAGAAGUGCCUAUCCACAGCAAAAUCUCUAUGCUCAGGGUGCGUAUUACACACAGCCUGUAUAUGCAGCCCAGCCUCACGUCAUCCACCACACCACGGUGGUGCAGCCCAACAGUAUUCCCUCUGCCAUCUACCCAGCCCCUGUGCCGGCGCCCCGGGCCAACGGCGUGGCCAUGGGCAUGGUGGCAGGGACCACCAUGGCGAUGUCUGCAGGGACCUUGCUGACCACUCCACAGCACACGCCCAUCGGCGCACAUCCAGUAUCCGUGCCAACAUACAGGCCUCAAGGAACACCUGGGUACAGCUACGUGCCUCCUCACUGGUAAACGCGCUGGCCAAUUCAUAUCUGGAGUCAAACAUUGUAUGCAACUACUCAAGUCUUACAUUGGUGCUGGAGUGUCUACAUCAGAGCACCGAGUCUGUUUGCAAGAACAAAAAAAAAAGUGCAAGGGUCACUUUAUGCAUUCUUUAGUGUUUUUGUAAAAGCUGCUUUUUUAAGGAGAAAUUGCAUCUUGGUUUUUUUUUUCUUCCAUUUUUACUUUCACGCUAACUCCAGACACAGACCGAUGGUAGCAGUAACCAUCUCUUUCUGUUAUUACCAUCUAAUUCUAUAAUUUAACACAAGGCCAGUUCAGUGAUGGGAAUGUAUACACCAUUUUCUUACGCUGCCAAAUUUUCUAAAACAAAAAAUACAUUUUAGAACAGGGUCUUUUUUUCCAAGUUUGCUCCCAGAAAGGGCUGACAGUUUAUGCAUUCAUUAUUUUUUUUCCUUUGAUUUGUCCUUCCUAUUUGGUUUUAAAAUUUCAUCUUCCAAUAUUGACAAAAGGGUGUCUUCCAGUUAGUAUCAAUUAUUAGGUAGACUUAUUAAUAUAUCAGCUGUAUUACAAUAUAAAUGUGGUUAUCCCUUUGAUAGGAAAAUAAUAUUACAAUAAUCUUAGAUAUACAAUAUGUAGAUGACUUAAAUAAGUCAGUAAUUUCAUUAGCUUGUACUGCAGGAUGUAGAAAGCAGUUUUAGGACUAUAAACACAUACAUAUAUACAUACCUGCAUACACACACAUAUGCAUGUGUCUGUAUGUAUGGCAUAGGACAUGUUGUACUGGGAGUUGGCUGACAAGUAGUAGCCCCUACUUGAACUGAGUUGUCACUACAGGCACUAAUGUGAUUUUAACUUCUAGCCAUGUCAGUCUAAGAGUGGAAUGAUUGCUAAAUAGGAAUUAUUCAGGAACAUGUUAAGGAUUAAAAGGGAUUUAGAGUUAGCAAUGUAUGCUUUUAAUAAAUAGAGCAAAAUGUUUUUGGGGGGAUGGGGGUUGAAUUAGUGCUGAAGCUUAGAGUUGUGAAGACUGGACCCAUUUGGAUAUGGGAUAGAGGGUAAAUUCCUGCCCUGUGUCCACUACACCUUUCAGACCCUAGGUUUAUAACCCUAUGUGCACAGGUGCCAAAGAGGUUGAAUUUAAGGGAUGCAAAAUGCUAAGCUUAUUUGGUUGGAGUUUUCUAUAUGGAAGAUUUUUUUUUUAAACUAGAGCUGAUAAAGAUUGAAAAACAAGUCAAUGUUUGCAAUAAUUAGUGUUUACAUUGCUGUAAUUUGCAUAAGAGGCAGGCCUGGCAGUGGUCAUUUUAAAAACAUCCAUUCUUACUCUUGGUCGGUGGGAUACGGCCUUGUCUGUUCUGAUCAUAGCUAUGACGCUGUUGAUGUCAGUAACAGUUAAAACAGGGUGUGGAGGGCACAGGGCAAGGAGGGGAAGCAGGGAGAUAGGGGCAUAGACAAGCCUAUUUCUGCAGUAACACAGGUCACAUCUGCUCAUAUUCCCAAGGGCAAGAUAUAGGCGGGAUGUUCCCUGGUUUUCUUGGGACAGUUUGACUGCUUAUUAUUAAAACAAGGCAAGAGGCUCUGGAAAAAUCUGAUUAUUUUCCAUGUAGAGUGAAAUGAAAUGGCAUUUGUUUUCAUUUGCAAUUUUUUUGGUCUGUGUUUCUUUUAGACAUCACAUGUUCUCCCCCUUGUGAGGUGGAAGUCAGAAAGUCGCAUCUUGGUUUGCUGGCUCUCUUGCUGGCUUAUGGUGAACAAACAGGGUCUGUGCUACAAAUUCCAUUUGGCAAACGCCCUCACUACGAGCCGUGCACUGGUUGAGAACUGAGCCAGUGCAUGGUGUUUACUGUGAGCUGCAGAAACGGGUGUAUAUGCACAUCCAGAGUAAGCCAUUGCUUUCAGCAAUGACUCACAUUGGAUUUGGUGAGCCCAAGUGUAUGGUACCUUUAUUCUGAGGAGCAGAUAAAUGAAGGCGAAUUUCCUGCCAAGCUGAGCAAUUGAUUGGGAUACAUUUGCACAUAAGGGUAGGAUAAAGAGGAAUCUAUGAAUGACUAGAUGGUGAGAGGAAGAGUGAAGCUAGGAAAAAUGCUUUUGUGUGACAUUAAUAGAGGUGCAAAAAUCCACACUGCAUAAUGUUAUAAUUUUGCACCAGGACUGUAGUCCCUGCCAAGUAUUAUGUUUCCAUCAUGCAUCUGCAGAAACCCAAGUUUAUUUUAAAACCAGACUUGUUGGUUGAAUCUGAAAUUAGUUUUAUAGCUUUACUUGACCACACCUGGCCAGGAUUUGAUUAUUAGCCCAUCACGCUAUUUUCUUUUACAUUUGAAGGAAGAGAUGACUGUAGGUGUGUGACUAUUUGGAAUUGACAAGGCUGGGUGUUUGCACACCCUUCUUCACAUUCUUUACAUGUAUAUUUAGUGAUAAAGUGACCACAUAUCAGAGGUAUUCUGUUAAACAAGUGCAUUUAGAUAUGUUGCACAGACAUCUAUAGGUAAUCGCUUAUACUGAUUAACAGGUACUUCAAAUAUACAGUACAUGGGCUCUUUAAGCAGAGCUUUUGUUAUAAGCAAAAACAGAUCUUCGAUACGGUACCUUUUGGACUAUAUUAAAAGGAAUAAUAUAAGCCCAAAUAGAACACUAUCAUUUAUUCUAUUAGCUAGCCACUGAUAAUAAAAAAAGCAUUUUGUUUUGCAAAGUAUUACCCACAGCUACUACACCAUAAGAAAAACAUGUAUUCACAUGUAUGAUUGCAUGUAUAAUAUAACUGAAUGUGUUAUAUAUGCAGAAUGCAGAAUUAUGUCCUUGCAAAGCAUGGUUACGUGAGAUGCAGUGUAGACUGCAACCUUGAUUUGUGCAUUUAAACCCAAACUUUGACGAACACAUACCUUAAUCCAAAAAUGGUCAUGCAUUGGUAAAUGUUUGAAACACUGACAUAGCUAUCUGGCUUCCAAAGAGUUAGUUGCUGGAAUCUGACCUAAAGUUCUAAUAUUCUGUGGCCUUCUAUUGACUGUACAUGAAGCAUUCCAUUUAAGGUCUUAAGGUUCAUAUCAUCCUUAAAAUAUAAAAAAAACAGCACUAUAUUAUUUGGGCAUUCUUGUUUACAUUGGUUAAAACAUUCCAAAUUGUGAAUUAAAUGUGAAUUCUUCUGAAUAAUCCAGGCAUCUGCAUUUUAUGUUUGGAGAAGCAUCUUCAAUAUGGUAGGACCCCCCCUGGAUUUCACAAGCAGUGUUAAUGCUGCCUCCAGCUGAGGUGCUUCAUGUUAAGUUAAGCUCCGUGGCUUUUGGUGUCACAAGAAGGAGCUGGGGACAGGUCACUAGCUGACUGUGACUGGCAUUCCUCCAAGGGGCAAUGUGUAACUGGCUGAACGCUGCCAGCAUUGGGUUGGGCUAAGAUAGCUAGGUUGUUGUUGGUACCCAGUGAACAACCAGCCCCAGGUGCCUGCAGGGUCAUGGUGACAUCAGUGAGGGGCACACCUCUCCUCCAAUCAGAUUCGACCCUCGUGGGUGUCACUUUGGAGUUUGCAGUGUGCCAAAAGGUGGCUGGCUUGAUCAACAAAGGUGUUGGAGGAGCCUGUCUGCAUGUCCUCACACUCAUUCAAAUGUAAAAAGACAUUAGGCGCUUGCAAAUUGGUGAGAUUUUUAAUAAAAAACAAAGUGAUGCUAGCAUUUCAACAGUUCUGCCAAUCCACCGAGUAAAAACCUUUAAAUCUUUCUGAACAUUGUAAUGCAGAAGUGCAUUGUUGAUCUUACGGAAAGAUUUUCCCUAACUCAUUUUGAUUUACUGCAUAUUGAACAUUUGAGUGCAACCUUGAGGCUCUCAGAUUUAAAGUAUACAGUAACCACAAAUCUGAAUCCAUUACAAUGGUCUAUACAGGCAAAUUUGAUGUAAUAUAGGCAUUUGGAUUCCACAUAAAUGCUGUCCUUAGUAAACCUGAUUUUUGCUUUUCAUUUAAUGACACCUUUCAUUUCAUUUUGUUUUCACAAUUUGCAUUUACCACCCUAUUGCUUGUACAGUUUUAUCGUUACACAAAAUCAGUGCAACAAAACCUUUGGCCAGGGUUGGCUGAUUUUAAAUCACUGAUUUAAAUCUUCAUUGAAUUGCUUACUUUUUAAAAAUACAUCACUGAUUUAAACCAUUUUUGCUAUUUUGUACAGUCUCUCAAGGAAAAUAUGUGAAAGUUUGUUUUUAAAAAAUGUUCCGCAAACAUUUUGAAUAUUUACUUUUUAUCUGUUUACAUUGGAUUUAAAGGUUUCAGAAGGAGUAAGACAAGCUUGUGUCAAUAGGUCAUGAAAACAAGCUUAACUGUUUCAGAUGAUGCAGACUAAUAUACUCAAUGGGAAUUAAGCAUAGCUGAACAGAGUUUGGCUUGCUCCUGGUCUACCUUUCUGAAACUGGUUACACUUCUAUUACGUUCGACAUAACUCGGUGAUGUUUAGUUGUUUUAGAAGUAAUUUUGUAACCAGAGCCUAAGGCCAGCAUGACCCGAGACAUUUAUCAGUGUAACUCUGUAUAUAUUACGGCAAUGCUUUCAAUUGGUCUUAUGUGUCAGUGCUGUUAUUAUGAUGUCUGGAAAUUGGUUGUACCUGUCUGAAGAGAUGUAUGUUAAAGAGUUUAUAAAAUUCAGUGCUAGGGUUAGGUUAGAAGAGACUUAUUUUCUCUUCAGGUAGCAUCUUUCUGAUAAAGUACCAUAGUUAUAGUUAUACUAAAUUUUUGUAUUACCCUUCUCUGUUAUUCUGUUAUAUAAUUGACAGGUCAUUGUUUAAAUACUGUAUACCUCGGUUUAUUACUGUACUUCUACUUUACAUACAGUACAACGUACAUUACUUAAGAGUGGAGAUUAAAAUAUAUAUCUUAUUUCAUAUACAGGAAAAUAAAUUUGGUUUGGCAUGUAACUUUUCACAAAGCAUCACUUGCAGCAUAUCAAGAAUGUUGAGAAUAUUUGGAGGUAGAACUACAACUAUGGUACCAUUCAAAGUUUUCCGCAGUUUAAAAAAAAAAAUUGGAUUUAACUUAAAAUAAAAAACCGCCAACCCUGCCUUUGGCCCCUGUCUAUUUUUUAAACUUAAAAUACACAAUUCUUAAGACGUAACAAUGAAAUCCUAUUUUAGUGUUAGGAUGUAGCAGCUUUAAUGAACCUGUUUUAAAAAAAUAUUCCAGGUUUUCCAUGGAAAAUAAUCAGCAUAAGAUAAACCAGUCCCUUGGUGUCACUGUCUACAUGAAUGGAAACGUUCCAGAUUAUAGAAAUCAGAUAGAAAAUAGGCCUGUGGAUAACUUUAUUUAUGUUCUGACUGUUUCCCUAAAAUAUGUAGCAGUUUACAAAAAAUAGUGUAUAAGGAAUAAAGCUGGUGACAUAUUUCCACUACCUUGGGAAUAAUCCCCAAAUCAAAAAUCUUACUUUGAGACCAUUAACAAUUUUUUUUUGGAUGUCUUUGCUAAAAAAUGUAAUGCAGGACUUGAACAAUGCAUAUUAAUAGCUGUACCGGCCUGACUCGAUGUUGAAGCAGAGUUCAAGAAGGGAGGAGAAUUAACUUCAAGAGAUUAAACCGUGUGUAUGAGUAUUGCCUCCGAUAUUUUAAACUUUAAGAAAAGGAAAGAAAAUAACCUAGGUUAAAAAAAAUCAGUUCUGAUAUGUAAUUUAAGCGCUUUUUACCAUAAGUGUUAUUUAAGUUUUAUUGAUUGAUGUUUAUUAUUCUUAAAUAGAGGAACUUUAUGGUUGAACUGAAGUCAGAUGCUUCUUUGAGCUUCAGGGAGCAUUUCAGAACACAAGUCUGUGGGGUUUUGUUUUAUAAGAAUCCUUAAACUUUCUUUUCUCAAGGAAAGGGCAAAAACAAGUGUUGUAUGAAGCAUGGGUGUUUAAAUACUGCAAGACAUUCGCAGGCACCCCCUACUACCCCUGAUUAACCCUUAACGUAGAGACUAGUGUGUGAAAAUACAUUUACGUCUCGGGUGGUUUGAGUGUACCAAAUGGUAUUUAGAAGAUGCUGGCUGGAGAUUUUCAGGAAAAAAAUAUUUUCAGGUAAAAUUAUUGAUAAAAAAGAGGUGGCAUUUGAACCAGUGUGGUAAGAGUCCUCUCUUCCCACUUCUGUUCAGUGGGCAACCUAGUAAUAGGAUAUUUUAUUUUAUUGUAACAGGUGUCAACAGUUAAUUUUAUGGCACUAUGACUUGUACUUCUAACUACAAAAAUGACCAAUUUAGCUAAAGUCUGUGUUUUACCCUUUUUAUUCUUCAGUAAUUUGUCUUAAAUGAAUACAGAUGUAAGAAAUAAGGUUUGCAAAUUGUAUCCAUGCUGUUCAGCUCUUGCUUGCCCCGUCUUUAAGAGCCUUCUGCUUUGAAGCCAUUCCAAGCAACACGAAAUUUCUUUUCUUGACAUCGACUCAAAUCAACAAUGCUGAGUUACACUACAGCUGACGUACUGGAGCCAGUAUUUGUCUACAUCUCUUAAAUGUAAAAGUGUACAAAGUUGGCUCAAGUAAAAGAAAUUCCGGUUUGAAAUAAUUUUGAUUCACGGUGUAAUAUAGGCAAGCCAUCAUUUUUUUGUCUGGAUUUGAUCAAUCAAAAAAAUAAUGUUGUUUUUUGAAAGCUUAAAUGAUCACAGGUUUGAAUCCUUAUGAAAAUCAUGACAGACUUUAAAGGGUGUGUAUGUCUGUAUACACAUGUACAGUAGUACAUGCACUCUGUAAUGGCCCCAAGUAGUUAAAAUCUGUUUGUGCUUGGAUUCCUUCAUAGCUGAGGUAUGAGAAGGGUGAAUCAAGGUUAAACUGCUGCAUUCAACAGAUUUUAUUUUCUAAAUCAGCUGCAGCUUAAAAGUUUGUACUUUUUUCUACUAUUAUUUGAACACUAAUUGUAAAGCAAAAAGUGGAAAUUCAAUGUCUUCCAAAUGUAUUUCCAGAGUGAUUUUUUUUUAAGGACAGCACCUCAGUCUUAUGAAGCAGAAACACCCUCACCAGACUUGUGAAUAUGAAGUGUAAAUCUGUUUUAUUUUUGUUUUGUUUUUGAAGAUCAGUUAGUGAUCUCAGUGACAGAAUUAAGCCAAGUUUGUAAUUGUAUGAUAUUUACUGUAAGAUGUAGAACAUUCAAUAACUAUUAAAAUCUUUCCCAAAAAAA